AUGUCUGGCACGAAACGACUGAACAAGGAGCUUUCUGAACUAGUCGCGAACCCGCCAGCAGGGAUUGUAUCAAUUAAGCCGGAUGAAUCUAAUUUUUUCCGAUGGAACGCUGUGAUGCAAGGACCUCCGUCUUCUCCGUACGAGGGCGGCCGCUUUCACAUCUUGCUAGAAUUUCCCCUUGACUAUCCCUUCAAAGGUGUGAAUGUGCAUCUCGAAAACAAGGUAUACCAUCCAAAUAUUGACGAUGACGGAGCCUUAUGCAUUGAUGCGUGGAAACCAUCGACUAAGGUAUACUCAGUGCUCGAAUCUAUCUAUCAACUACUUGUGGAGCCGAAUCCUGAUGAUCCUCUUGUCUCUGCCAUUGUCGCUGACGAUGUAGCAACGUACGCUAUUUACACGUCGCCGAACCAUGCUCCUGUUGCAUACCAUCUUCCCACACUCAUUGUGACACCGUAUGGUCAACCUCAGCAUAUUCUGUACACGUAUGUACACACGAACUACAACCAGGAAGCAUCCAUGAUGGGAGAGCUGUGUGUGGCCAAGAUGAUUCCCCCGUCCGGCACGCGCCGUCUCGGCGGCCCCGAACAGCCCAAAGCUAGCCCUAGUGAUCGCUCGGUUUUUUGCGAAGCGUCGCGCAACUUAAAGUGGACUAUAUCGAAUGCGGGCAUCAACGCACCUGUCUACAAGCUCAUGCUGCCUAACCCCGACAUGCCUGGUAACGAUCAGCCACUUUUUCAAAUUUCGAAGCCGAAUCCAAACGCAAUGUGGUGGUCUAUGUUCUACUUUACAUACGGCGGUCAUCUCAUCCCGCCAAAGCGUAUCGAGUUUGGAAGGAUCCAAAAAAAUGCAGUAGAAGGCAAUGCUGGUGGUGCAGGCACUUGCGUUACCAUUACCGGACGUACGCCGGAAGAAACGGCUGUUUGGCAGACGCUGGGCGAGGGUAACGAAGACAUGGUCGAGUGGAUCGUGCUCUGUGCAGCGCUGAACCUCAUUGACGAAGAAAUCAUCAAGGCAGCGAGCCGAAAGCUUACCGAUCAGCCAGGCAUGCAACUGAAUGAGACGUCUGUUGCACCCAUCGCACACGCACAGCGGCCUCCUCCUCCGGCAAUGAACGGAGCGCCGCGUAUGCCGGAGAGCAAGCCGACACUGAUACAAGGCAAGCCAAACCCAAUCAUGCAGCCAUUGACCAACCGCCCUCCCGCUAAGCCGCAGGCAAAGAGUGGCGGCUUCCGACUCUUUAAGAAAAAAUAA